AUGAACAGGUCGACUCCAAGUCGAGACCUUCAACAAGCUAUUACGCGCAGUUGGCCGGGCCAGCGAGGUAGAGGCACUGUUCAUGACGAUUGAAAUGUGAGAUCGCAGGCUUUACGAUGAUCGCAUCAUACUUCGGCCCGUGUUGGAUUGAUGAACUACACGAUUUCACUGGUGGAAUCUUUAUGUACUUCAUGCGACAAUCUUUACUUUGGUCAGCCAAGGCACGAACAGAUAUCAUCUUAUACGAUGCCAUUUCCGCCAUAAAAGCUCUGGAUGGCGAUACAUCAUCCACCAACUUCACCGCUCUAUCACACCCAUCCACUAACAGUAUGACCCUAGUUUCAAAUGAUCCCAGUUGGUGGCCGUCCAUUAAUGCAUUUCGUAUUUCCAGCUAUUUUCUAGUUGCAACCUUUGCUGGGGUGAUAUACGACUGGGCACUGACGUUCGGACAAGAGGUCGAAUUGAUCUGGAGACAACGCUGGUCCCUCAUGACUUUUCUGUAUCUUAGUGUGCGCUACGUUGGAAUAAUAUAUGCUGCCCUCAGUGUACUAGACAGUGUUCCGACAAUCCCGGUCACAGAUGCAGUGUGUGUUAUUAUGAGCGUCGCACAAAAUGCGAUAAGUGUCGUCGUAAAUGUGAUGCUGGGCGUCAUCAUCAUUGCUCGCUUACAUGCCAUGUAUCAGCGAUCCAGGAAGGUUCUGAUACUUCUCGUUGUCGUCUUCUUGGCUGUCAAUAUCACCGACGGAGUGGUCACCGUGAUAGUAAUGAGGCAUAUUUCAGCGGAUGUCCUCAUUCUCUCUGGCACCUACCAGUGCAUUAUUGAUUUCCAGGGAGGUAGCUUAAUUCUGGAUACCAUCACUUGGAUAAUCGGCGCUGUAUGGGAGGUCCUCGCGUUGUGUCUUGCAGUCUGGAUUGCUAUAAAACACUUCCGUGAACUGCCACGAAAUUUGACAGGGGGCAUUAUCGGGGACUGUUUCACAGUGUUGAUGAAAACUCACGUGGUUUACUUUGUGGGCUUUGUUGCCCUUUCUGGCUUCAGCCUCGCUUAUGCGUUUUCAACGAUGUCAGCGGACAUAUACUCCCUCGGAACUCAGAUUUAUCUUGGUGUUCUUCAAAUUUUUACAGUCGUGCAGCUGUUUGUGCUGGGACCACGCCUGAUCCUUAGCGUUCGAGAAUAUAACGCUAAGCUCGUGGCCGACUCCGACACAGGAACCGCCAUGACUUCAAUUGCUUUCCAGGAGCGCGUGCAUGUGUCAACUAGCAGUAGUGUGUAGCACGGGAAGUGCUCGACAUGAUUAAGGUGACUCUGCAGGGUGCGGGAGAAUUUAUUGUUUGUUCGAGAUUUCGUCGUGGUAGAUUUAUUAAGUUACAAGUUCACAUGUUCCAGAUUAUUUAUCCGCCGACCCUGUGACUCUGCCUCUACCUGAAGUCCAACAGGCGCGACCAUUCUGAUAGAACUGCCGAGUACUUCGCAAAAAAAAAAACUAUUUCUAGGAUAUAAAAAUAGGUUGUCUUCCUUCUACCAGUAUCAGAGCCAUUAUUCGAGAUCUCCCUUCCAGCGCAUCCCAUAUUACCUAGCACAAGCCAUGUGUUUCUCAUUC